AGGACAGACUGCAAGUCCUCAGUCUAGGCGCAAAACCCCAUUAGACUGGAGAGCGUGCGGAGGGCUAGGAGAGAAAGUAGACAGAAAAGUUGGGUCAAGCAGGGCUCAGUAAAUGUAGAAUAGCUAGUAAAAUUAAAACAAGUGAAAAAGAAAAAAUAACAGAGAGCAGGAGACUGAAGGAGAGAGAGAGGUUGUGAAAGAAUGGGCUUUCCAGUGUAUUAUCUGAUACUUCUCUCUCUACUGCUGUUUCUCUCUAGCGUGCAGACUCAGGAGCUGCAAGAUCAAGAUGCCCUAUGCAAUGAAAACAGCUGUUUAGUAAUCUAUUUUCAGCGCAAAAUCUUCCUGGAUGCCUGGCGCAGCUGCAGGAAACAGGGUGGUAACCUUGUCACCAUCAAGAGUCCAGAAGAGGCAGACCUAAUAGAGACUCUCUUCUCUAACCUGGAACUGGAAAGUAGCCGUGUGUUUGUGUGGAUUGGCUUGCAAAGGCAGCCCCGUAAGUGUGCUGCCGGCCGUCCCAUGCGAGGAUUCUCCUGGAUUACUGGGGAGCAAGAUGCCCAGUACACCAACUGGCAGCAAGAGGACUCUAUAAACACCUGUUCAGUUCCACGUUGUGUGGGCAUAGGUUACAGUACCUCCCCUCAAAAAAGCCAGGAUAACUUCAAGUGGAAAGAUGGACCUUGCUCAAUCCCUGUGGAUGGCUACUUGUGCAGGUACACUUUCUCUGGCAUGUGUCAAGCUAUUUCAAAUGAAGGGCAUGGAAAUGCAUUGUACACAACCCCAUUUCACCUUGUCACCUCACUCUUGACUCAUAUUCCAUUUGGGUCAGUUGCAACUGUACCCUGCCUAACUACAGGUGACCAAACAGUACUGUGUACUCAAAGAGAGGAUGGGACUGUGGGUUGGAACAGAGAUCCUCCUUUCUGCUCUGAUAUUUUCAAGACAAGCUGGUGUGAUAAGGAUAAUGGUGGUUGCCACCAUUACUGCAUAGUAGAUGACAAUCACUACUACUGUGAUUGUAAGGAAGGCUUUCUCUUGGCUGAAGAUGGAGUGAGCUGCUUUCAAACUGACCCCUGUCGAGGAUCUCCCUGUGAAUAUGAGUGUCUGACAGUGAUGGACAGUUAUCGCUGUGCCUGCCCCGAGGGCUACAUGCUGGCACCAGAUGAACAAGGCUGUCUGGAUGUCGAUGAGUGCUUGCAGAGUCCAUGUGAACAAAUCUGUGUAAAUGCACCAGGCAGCUUUGAGUGUCACUGUCGUGAUGGCUAUAAACUUGAUGAGGAGGGAACUUGUGAGGACAUAGAUGAGUGUGCGGAGUCUCCAUGUGAACAUGAUUGUGAGAAUAUAAUAGGUUCUUAUGUAUGUCAUUGUCACUAUGGCUUUGCUUCCCAUCCAGGGAAUCCAAAUCAAUGCUAUGAUGUCGAUGAAUGUCAAAUUGAGGGAACCUGUGAGCAAAUGUGUUUAAAUUCCUUUGGGGGAUUUGAAUGCUUCUGUGAAGAGGGUUAUGAUCUCCAGACUGACCUCUAUUCAUGCAGACCCAGUGAUGAGCAGCAAUCUUCCACAGUACCUGCAUCCAUCCUCUUGAUCACAGAUCUUGCUAAACAUAUGGAAGAAUAUCAAGACCCCGAUUACUAUAAGCCACAUGAAAAUGAAUCUCUGGAAUGGCUUACUGAGCUUCCUAAUGUGGAGAUGGUUCCCACUGACCUGAUGUGGCUCACUAGUGCUACCCAGGAGGUAACUGAAACCACUUCACCAACUGAAAGCCCUACUAUCAUCGUUAACAUGGAAUUGGAUAACUUAGACCAACAAACAGUUGCUGUGGAUGCCUUUUUAUCUUCCACCACUUCAACUCCACUGUCAGAAUAUUAUGAGGAUGAGAGUACCACAGAAUUCACAGUGCCCCCCACCACUACUGUAGCAGGCGGUGCUUGGAAAUGGAUGUGGUUCAGUCCUAGCCCAAAUGAGCUUGACAAAGAGGGAACUGCACAAAGUUCUUUCACUACUGACACAGAAUAUGAAACUCAUGGGACCGAUCUUGAUAAUGGCAGCCAUGAUUAUGAAUCUACAACCUCUUACACUGAAUUACAAACCCUUACACAGGCCCUCCUAUCUGCUCAGGGAGCUAAGAAUGGCAGCAGCAAUGAGCAGACUCAGGGCAGCAGCUGGUUGCUGGUUGGAUUGUUGGUACCGCUAUGCAUCUUCAUUGUGCUGAUGGUGGCACUGGGUAUCAUCUACUGUACUCGGUGUACCUCUAAGCCACAGAACAAGAAUGCCACUGAGUGUUACCACUGGAUUGCUGGUGCUGGUGAUAAAGCAGCUGCUGAUAUGGCAAGUGGUGGUGUAACAAAAGUGUAACCAAACUGUGCCAGGACAAGCAGAUGAACAUAUACAUGUACAGAUUUUUGAAAUAUUUACAGCAGAUGGUAGGACAAGGAAAUUAGAUGAAGAACUGUCUUGUAUCAAUUCAAUCCUCAAUUAUAAUGGUGGAUAUUUAAAUGGAAUAUCUGUCAGUGAUAAGACAGGGGAAAUGGGAGGAACUGGGAAGCCUCUAACACUGUUUCUCUGCUGUACUCUGCUGAAAGAGAAAAGAACCUGUUGUUUUAUUUCUUAGCCUCCUCACCCUACCUGUGACAUGGUUGCUUAACUGUUGCAAUGUAGCAGCCACAAGGUCAUAGCUAAUGUGAAAAGACACCUUAGCCUUGUUUCACAUAUUUAUUAUUAUUUUUUUUUUUGUUUUGAAGCAGCAUUUUAUCAGAAUAUUGUUUGUGCCUCACAGUAGCCUCAGAGAAGUAUCAUUUUUGUGAAAGUACUCCUGCGUUUGCCUUGAUAUUGAGCUGUACUACUUGUUUCCACUCUCUGAGCCAGAUCUGAUGGAUGACAUUUUUUGUUUUGCAACCCAGAAAUGGACAAAGAUUGUGAUUGUUAUAGUGGACAUCACCAUGCUCCCCUCUGUGACCGAGACAUAUUUAACUGUCAGCUAUUAGUGUGAGGUAGUGGUUUAUUAACAACAUGCCCAAAGCAAAUUAUGACAACAACCUUAUUAUUAAGUCACAUGCUAUAGGCUUGAGGGAAAGUAACUGAGAAGGAGUACUAAUGAACAUAUACCUUUGACGGUUAAAGUCAUUUUUUUAUUUUAUUUUUUUUUUAAUUUAUGCAUAUUCUUAGUGGUGUCAUUAUGCUCACGCACGUACAAAACAUCUGAUCAGAAUUACAUGUAUGAUAUUAUCAUGUGGCCAAGCAAAGAAUGUCAAAAAUAAUUUUAAUCUGUAAAUAUUGGACACUUUAGUUUAUGAACACUCUUUGUUGGAUUAAUCCAUUAACUCUUGCAAGUUCUGCUCAUUAAAGUCUGAUUCCACAUCGUUAA